AUGAAUAUAACAAUAUUAAUAAAUAUUCAAAAUGGACCAUCUGAAUGGUUUCGUAUAUUUCUUAUUAUACUUUUUAUAAUUAUUCUUAUGAUUGGUCUAAUUGGUAAUAGUCUUGUUUUAUUAUCAACUAUAACAAAUCAUAUAGAAAUUCGUUGUUCAUCAACAAAUCUUCUGCUUGUAAAUAUGUCAUGUGCAGAUUUAAUUAUAAUUAUUUUUAAUAUAUUUGAUAUCGUACAAUUUUCAUUUGAUCAUUUUUGGCCUACGGCUUGGUAUUUUGGUUUAUCAUUUUGUAAAAUAGUUCGUUUUGCACAAGUAUUUGGUUGUUAUGUUAGUGUACAAACAUUACUUAUUAUUAGUAUUGAAAGAUAUAUUUCAAUAAUUUAUCCAAUUACAAUAUCUCAAAUAAAUUAUCGUAAACGUCUUUGUUUAAUAUUUAUUUUAAUUUGGUCUCUUGGAUUUAUUAUGGCUUUACCAAAUCUUUAUUUACUUGAAUUACAUCCAUUUUAUAAUCGUCCACAAUAUUAUAUAUGUGGUUUAUCUGAUCAUUGGACUGAUUCACAUUUAAUUACAUUUUAUAAAUAUACAGAAUCGGUACUUUUCUUCUUUCUACCAGCUCUUAUACAAACUAUUCUUUAUUUAAUUAUUUGUCGUAAAAUUUUUUUGAUUGAUCGUACUAUACAAGCUCAUUGUCAUGUUCAAUCAGUACAACAAAUAAUGAUAAGUAAUUCUUUUCAUCGAUGUUCAGAUACAAAAUUAAGCUGUUCAUUACCAUUACCUUUAAUGAACAAUAAUAAUAAUAAAAAAAGUUUAUCACCAACAAUAUCACCAUGUCCUCAAGGUCAUAUAAUACAAUCACGAGCUAAUAAUGCGAAUAUAGCACGUAAAAAAGCUAUUAUUAUGUUAUUAAUUGUUGCUAUACUUUAUUUUAUUGCAUUUUCACCAAUACAAAUUAAUUUUAUUCAUACACAAAUAAAUCAUUCACAUCAUCUUUAUGAACAUCGUCUUUUUUUUAUUAUAACAAUUCUUUUAGCAUUAUCAUCAACAGCUUUUAAUCCAAUUUUAUUUUAUAUAUUUAGUAAAUAUUUUCGAUAUAAAUUUAAAAUUCUUUUACGUCAUAUAUGUCCAUUAUGUCGUUCAUCAAUAAAACAUCAAAAUAAUUUUCCAACGCAUCUCGAUGCUAUUAGCAGUCCCAUUCCACCAUACACCAAUUACACCUAUGCCACGGAACUACAACCCAAUCUUGCUGAUCUCUGGUGGUCGAUCGACGAUCUUCGAAAGGAGAUCACUUUUGAAUUUCACAUCAAUACAACUGGCUGGAUUGCACUUGGUAUAAGUCCAGCUGGUGGUAUGGUUGGUGCUGAUAUCGGCUUGGGAUGGAUCGAUCAAUCGGGUCAACUGCAUUUUGAAGAUCGAUAUGCAUACGGCUUUUAUCAACCGAUGGUGGAUAAUACGACACAAGAUUGGUUUGGACUGCAAGGUCGCGAAGUGAACGGAUGGACAGCCAUUCAAUUCAAACGACUCUUAGAUACCUGUGAUGUUAUGGAUUAUCCAAUUAAAUCCGGAACUAACAUUGUGAUCUAUGCCUACAGUCUCGAAGAUCCUGUUAUAAUUGAUGGAAAAGCGACGAUCAAGUAUCAUGGCGAUCGUCGAUAUACUCGAGCGAUUCCAUUACAAUCAUAUGCAAAUCCACCAUCAGAGAGCAAAUUCACUGGCCUCGACUAUUUCGAUUUUCAACUACACAAUUAUUCAGUACCAUCGAACGAGACGACCUAUCACUGUACAGUCUACAAAGUGCCGGCUAAAUUUCCUAAACGAAGACAUGCCAUUGCUCAUAAAGCCAUCAUUGAUCCAGCCAAUAUCGAUAUUGUUCAUCAUAUGUUGAUGUAUGAAUGUGAUCCAUCAGCUGUCUUCGAUGAUGAGAAUUUGCCCUCUGGUAUAUGUGAUGACCUUGGCGAAGUUCUUAUGCCUUGCACAUCGAGAAUCGCCACCGGGUGGGCUGUUGGUGGAGAUUAUAUCAAUGAAUUUCCUGAAGUGGCUGGAUAUCCUGUUGGAGGUGAUUUUGAAAUUCAAUAUUAUGUAAUUCAAAUGCACUUUAACAACAUACAUCAAAUGUCAAAUCGCACGGAUAGUUCUGGUAUGCGAUUCUAUCUCGGCAAUGAACUUCGCCAGUAUGAUAUCGGUUAUAUGACAUUGGGUCAAAUUUCAGGCGCCACUGCUAUUGCCAUUCCACCAUAUGAUGAUCGUUUAGUCAUCGAUUCUUAUUGUCCUGCUCUGGCCAUGCAAAAUAUUCCACCGACGGGAAUUACCGUGGUUGCAGCAUUUCCACACACUCAUCUUCAAGGACGCAGUGUCUGGACAAAGAUCAUUCGAAAUAAGAAAGCAGUUCAAUAUCUGUUCAAUGGUGAUGCCUAUACUUUCAAUUAUCAAUUCCAAAAUCGUUUACCUCAACCUAUUACAUUGUAUCCGGGCGAUGAAUUAGCAACGCGAUGUAUUUACAGUACAACUAACAAGAGUGUCGUUACUUUGGGUGGAGAAGCAACGAGCGACGAAAUGUGUUUACACAUGUUUACUUACUAUCCACGUAUGAAUAAUUUGCACUUUUGUUGGAUGGCCAAUUCGAUGGAAGCAUGGGGACGAGUGACAAAUGAUUCAAUACCUUUGGAUUACAAUAGCAUUGUCAAAUGGUUAACAGAUCGUCAAUGGACAAGACAAUCCAUUGCUGAUUGGCAAACUUUCUACAAUUCGACUUCGAAACUUCUUAUUUAUGAUAAUGGUGGUAACAUAGACUUUGCUGAUCUUCCGAAACUACCAGACUAUGAAGAUUUCGAACCAUAUCAAUGCAAAAAGAACACCACUGAUGUUGAUACAGCUUUGAGACCGUCUAAACUUCGCUCACUGCUCAAAAGGAUGGAAAUAACUUCAUGA